GCCGGACCCCCGGUACCUGCCGGACGGUGUCCUCGUGGCCUGCCCCUUCAGGCCUAUUCGGCGUCGACGUGUCCAACCAACUUCACCGUCAACGUGGCCGUCGGACCGGAGCACAGACGAGCUCUGGGCAAACUGAUCAACGGCCGCCUCGUGCCCGAGCUCUACCAUCCGCUCGGGCUGCUGCGCUACUACGACCCCGGCGCGACUUUCGGCGACGCGACUUGCGGUCCGGGCUCCGGAGGCGUUGGGGAGCCGGGCGGUCUGCGCAACGGUGCUCUGCGAAGCCAGAACGCUGCCGUUAGUGGCAGCGGCACCGGUUCCGCUCCCGGAGCCGAUGCCGUCUCUGAGGCGACCAGGCGUCGACGACGCAAACGAGGCUGUAUCACCGUCUGGCCCGGAAAUUUGGCUCUGCGUCGUUGGCUGAACACGCGACGGGUCGGCCUGUUGAUACCGAAGGCCAAAUUGCGGAUGAAGCUGUUCUGUGAACAAUUCACUUCGAUGUCAUUCCCCAUGGGACGGGCGAUGGUAAGUUGGUCCAGACGCCAGAGGACUUGA